UUGAAAACUCCCAUGAGUUCGCAUGAAGCUGCUCAUGAUAAUAUAUGUCAACGCCUUUAUCGCGAUAUGCAAGACCAAACGAAUUUAUACUUUAGUUUCCAGUUCUGCCUUUUAGUUUCGCCGCAUAUGAGCAGGACUUCAUCAAAUUGGUUAUGAUUUACAAACCCGGACGUGAUGGCCUCCUAGGUUCCCCCUUUACAAUAUCUCCGGCUUCACUUUCAAGCGGAAAAUCACCAUGGCGAGCUCGCUGGUGUCCGUGAGUGUCCGCUCGAUGCGGCCCAAAUACUGGCGGCGCACUUUAAAGUUAUAGGAGGUUCGAUCGUCCUUUCCGCAUCGUGAAACGGCUCCUAUCUUGGAUUCCUUAUAUCCAUCCCAACCCGAUGAUUUUUUACACUCUAGUUCCAAGGUCCCCCCAACCUCGAGUAUGGCCAAUUCAGCGGGCGUCGCCCAUGGACCCAUGCUCAUUGGACUCAUGUUCAACUUACUUCUGCUGGGUGUGAUUGUGACUCAGGUCUACAUCUAUCUGACGACAUAUCAAAAACGAGAUAAGAUUUGGAUGAAAAUUCUCGUUCUCUUUUUAUUCGUGGCCAACGUUGUCAACUCAGUCUUUCUCAUGGCCGACACAUACAUCGCGCUCAUCACACAUUUUGACGAUAUUCCCUACCUAGCCAAUGCAACGUGGCUCUUUGCUACCGAUCCCACAUUGACUGGUCUCAUUUCUGCAACUGUGCAGUUGUUCUUUGCCUGGCGCGUCAAAGUCCUUACGUCGAAUUGGUACCUUGCCAUACUUGUCGCUAUUUUGGCACUCGCAGGUACCGGGGGAGCCAUAGCCGCCACUGCCAAAAUCCGCGUCAUUCCCGCGUUCACGGACUUCCAGCAAUUCCAGUCUGUAGUUAUCAUCUGGCUCGUGGCGUCAUGCGUCGCCGAUAUCACCAUUACUGCAAUAUUGGUGUCGUAUCUGCGGCGGCAUAAGACGGGCUUCCAAGGCUCAGAUGAACUCGUUGACAGAAUUAUCAGGGCGACGGUCCAGACCGGAUUGAUUACCAGUGUGGUUGCUAUCCUGGAUCUGAUUCUCUUCCUCGUGAACUCAUCAGGCUUGCACCUGAUAUUCAACUUCACCCUCGCAAAACUAUAUACCAAUACCCUUAUGAGCUCGCUCAACUCUCGGGCGGGAUGGGCCUACUCAAAUUCUAGUCCCGGAUCUCAUUCACAAUCUGGUUUGGUUUCUACGUCAGGUGCAAACAGUUCCAGUCGAAGGAAAGGGACGGGUACGACGACGCGCCCAGAAGUAUUUGUGCACGUUGAGCAACAUGAAUUGGGAGAUCCACGUCCUAGGAAUGGACCAGGCGGAGGAAUAGGACCUCCAAGGUUUGUCAUAGAUCCAAUGAGCACCGAUGAGGAUCUGAGCAAGCGGAGAGAGGACGAGUCAGAGGUUUGGGACACGACGAAGACGGCUGACAGGAUUGUUUAGGACCCAUUAUGGUAUUGUAUAGAGUAACUACUAAUAUUAUUCCCGCACUUCCAACGAUGUAAUUUAGAAUCAUAGUGAUG